GCUGACGCUUCUUCCAUUUAACUCUGAACCAAAGCACCAGUUGAUACACAAAGUUACAGUCCUUCGUUUUAACUUCACAACAGUUUGCGUAGUCAUGUCUUUCUGUUCGUUCUCCGGAGGGGAGAUUUAUAAAGAUCAUUUUGAGACUGGCAUGUAUGUUUGUGCUGAAUGUGGACAUGAGCUGUUCUCCAGCAGAUCCAAAUUUGAGCAUUCAUCACCCUGGCCAGCCUUCACAGAAACCAUCCAUGAAAACAGUUUGUCUAAACAUGAGGAGAGAUGGGGCGCUUACAAGGUUAAAUGUGGUAAGUGUGGAAAUGGUCUUGGCCAUGAGUUUGUGAAUGACGGACCCAAGCGCGGCCUCUCACGCUUCUGAAUAUUCAGCAGCUCUCUGAAGUUCAUUCCUAAAGUCAAGAAUGAGCAGCAGUAGAGCCAGAUGGCUGGAUAAGCAUGUGAGGAUGUUUCAGUAAGAGCAUAUGGAGAAGCUUGGAUGUGUUUACCGUGUGGAUGGUGAAUGAAACACUCUGAUGAAAAGCCCACAGAGGAGCGUUCAGAGUGAUGAUGUGUAAAACAGCCUCAUGGGAAACACGAAGAAGCUUUCUCCCAAUAACUGCUACUACCAAUCAAUACGCACAACUAUGCCAGAUCAAAUCUUUUAUACUAUGCACCAUAUACACUACCGUUCAAAAGUUUGGGGUCAUUAAGAUUUUUAAAAUGUUUUUAAUAAAAGUCUCAUUUGCUCACCAA